AUGGGAAAACUUGGAGCAUUUGUUUCCUGCGGUUGUUUGAGGGGAACACGGGCCGCUGUAGAGCCAGCCAAACGGCAGGCUGUGAGUGUUGAAGCUUGUGGAAGAAAGGUACUUGAAAAGCCACCGACAGAGAAUGCCAUCAAAACUGAGCAAAAGCUAAACACAUGUGAAACUGGGCAGCUGGCAACUCAAUCAGUGCCUCGAGAGCCCACAGCCAAUCCUCGGCUCAAAACCGAAGACGAACGAGCAAUUUUAGCAUCUGAGUUGACUGCAACAAGUACGGGAGAAACUCAAGAGAACGGAGUUCCUAAACUGCAAGUAGUCGUCACCCACCAUCACAAUGCAGCAGGAGAAAUGCCUACUGGAGCUCCGCUUUCCUCACCACAGCAAGUCUCCAAAGGCGCCCCCACAGAUUUGGAGGGUAAGUUCAAAGGUACCGACACGGGUGGUGGCAGGACGUCUCGAGACACAGCACCGGACCACGAAAGUAGAGCUUCGUCCUCUUUAGUUUCUAUGACAUGCUUGACGUCCACAAGCGGCGGGGACGAAGAUAGUCGGAUUGUUGUUUCGUCGCUGCCAGCUCCCCAAAGCUUGGGGAGCGACAAAGAAAACGCUGAGCAUGAGUCAGGAGCCAAAACGGAAGAGGAGAAAAGUUCGAACUGCUCUCCUACUGGUAGCGCUGCGGUUGGGGGAGAUCAGGCAGCGGCAGUCCCUAUUGAAGGCGGAAAUGUCAGCUGUGGAAACUCAUCACCUGAAGCCAGCGAGAAAAAGGACGCAAAAACUGACGAGGCUGUGGAAUUAUUGGGGAAGAACUCCAUAGAAAACAAAACUUUUGACGACUUAAAACAAACACACGAUGCUAGAGAGGAACUAGAUGGGAAAGCUCGCGAUGAAAUGCAUUCUGGGGAUGGGAAUGACCAGCCCCAGUGCGAACAAGAAGUGGCUCCCGCUGAAGGCAAGUACGUAGUGUCCUCAGCUGUAGCGGAGGAUGCCACUUCCGACAGUAAUGUGAAUGAUGGAAAUUCAUGCAGCGGGGACCAAGGGGAGGACACACCCGCUUCUGAAAGCACAGAGAAAGGAAAGCCACGCACGCUCUCUUCACGGAAGUUUAAGAAGAAGAAAACGAGCAAGGCAAGGGGAAAGAGACGCCAUGGGAAGACGGGCAGGCGUUAG